AAUUAAAAUGCGAUUUACUGUGUUUAUUUGGCUUGUUUUGGCCAUCGUGGUAGUUGAAGAGGCGAGAGCUGACGCGUACACGACGUGCGAGGACCAGAGCUUCCAGAUCACGAUGAAGGGGCCGUCGCUGAGUCAAGGCUGCGAGGAGGUGCACGGCCAGCUGGUCCUCUCCGACCAGGCGAGUCAAGAGCUGCGGUGCCCGAAGCCCUACGUGGAGACGAUGGGGGAGUGCUUCUACGUCAGUAACUUCGCCCUCAAGUGGGAGGAGGCGGAGAGGUACUGCCAGGAGAUGGACGGCGACCUGGCCACGCCCAAGCACGUCCCGGCGCUGCAGCUGCUCCUCGAGGAACACGACCAAGCGGACUUCCUCUGGCUGGGCGGCAACGACCGUCCUUACAGCGGCAUCUGGUUGUGGCUGGACGGCAGGCACGUGGACCACGCGCACUUCCGCCCCGGCCACCCUUGGACCUCCGACACCAGCAACAGCUACUGCCUCCUCAUUGGCUGGAAGAACCACCCGCCUCUUGAAACCUACUACUGCCGCAAGAUGAACAACUUCGUCUGCCAGCAUAGUCCUUGAUGGCAGCGCAGAGUGUCAGCUAGGUGAUGGCGGGAUGGGAGCUUGCAGCAGGCGCCAGUGGAGAGAUUGAUUAUUGAUGUUUUUUUUAGGGUUGAUUCAAAGGUUGCGCACUUGAAGGAUUUGCUGUCCUUUGAAAAGGGCCUCUGUUAUGUCAAU